AUGGUGAGGUGUUGUAGAGGCAUAUGGUUGGGUUUUAAGAAGCUCAUCAUACGAUGUCUGGUAAAUCGAGCUGGAAUGCAGAAGAAUCAUCUACUAUGUUGUCGGAAAUGCAACGGUGAGAAAUAUACGUCUAAAAAGGAAAUUCUGCCAAGUAAUUUUACAAGUUAGGAAUGUAGUUUGCUGCCGUAUCAUGUUUACUUAGGUCCUCUUACAAAGAGGUUCUUUGCGAAAGGUUAGUUUAAUCAAUGCAAGCUUUUUUCUAUCCAAGAGCAUAUUAUAUGGCCAAAAUGAGCGUCUUUCUAGCGUAAAGUACCUGUUAGGUUUAUUUAACAACCUGCUAGAUUUGUGUAAGCGUUACUACGCCUGGAUCGAUGAAAAGCAAAAUGAAUCAUGCAUUUCACCAAUUUUGUUUGCCUCUAUAGUUGCCGAUUAACAAGAACUCAGUUUUCAUUAUACCAGAGGACCAGUUACUUGGGGAUAUUAUCUAAGAAUUCUAUUAAGCGUCUUCUUUUUUUGCAAAUUGAGCCCGGUGGAUAAUAGGAACGUAAAGUCAAUCAAGGCUUUUAUUACUGAUCUGCGCUAUACUGUUUGAAAUUCAGUGAUGAAGGUAGCCUCUUUUGAAAGCUUGCAGAGAAGCAAUUUAUUCAGUUUUGCGGCUAAGAGAGGAAGCCGUCGCAAAGUGCCCUGACUCACACAUCAUUAUUAUCAUAUUCCAGUUACAGCGUUAACUUAAGUUAAUUAAAAUCCUCUCUCCGUGAAAUUCAUCGGUAGAAACUAUUGCCGACUUAUGAUUCUGAAGCGAAUCAAACUUCAUUUCCAAAAUAAACCGACCAUACUGAAACUUUCUUAGUUUAUGCUUUUUCCGGGCUUCAGGCGACAAAUGCCUUGGAAAAACUGUUGGAUAUAUUGUCUACCACUCUGAAAAGUAACCUGAAGCUUGGCACUAUACAAGGGCACCCAGCCAACGACUGUUUUCGUAAAAUAUCUGUUCGUAGAAGCAUAUAUUGCCUGGAAUGUUUUAUAGCUUUCCACUCAUGUACAAUUUCGGAAGCUUAUCUAAUAAAUUCCUACGAUUUUCUGAGGUUUAAUUUUUCACAUUUCACUGCCCUGGUUAGGCUACUUUUCGUACAAAAAAGGAAACCUAAAAUUUUUGGAUUCAAAACCGGCUAUUUAUGGAGAGAGGAAUCAGAAAAAUUCUCGCUUUCGUAAUACGUUAAAUUGCAUCUAAAAUUUUCGGGAAAAUAAUACUGAAGCCCUAGUGUAAUUUGGAAAAGACUCAUGUUCCCCUAUGAAGACCGGAUACAUGAUCCAAAACUAUCAAUGACAUCGCAGCACACUCUACUUUUUUCAUGAGUCAUGGACGAAGACCAUUCAGUACAUUCUCACAAAACAUCACUAUAUAAUAAACAUGUUCAAAAGGGUAUCGACUAGUACGAGAGGGAAAGUAUACUGGCAUAUUUGAGAAACAUCAAGGCCAUCAAGUACGAGUCACAUUAGAAGCAUUCUAAUAGGAAUAUAUUUCGUAAAAGUGAUCAGGAAAUGCAAACUUUUAAUUCUUUUCCAAGAAAUACAACCUUUAAAAUUAUUGAAACCUGAUGUAAUCACAUACAACAGUUUGGACGUCUUCUGGAUAACACAUACUGAUGAGAUGCUGAGUAUGGAAAUGAAAUUUACUGGAUUCAUGCAUGUUGUUUUGAAAGUCAGCGUGAUGAAAAUUUUCAAAACUAAAAAGGGUUUUUCCAGUGCAAAUAUAGAAUAACAAAUGCUGUGAGUAGCUUUAACUGUUACAAAACUCGCUGAUAAGAAAAUAAGGACCACUAUUAGCUAAUUGCAUUGUUGGAAUCAAAGAACAGGUGGGUUUUGUAGCGCCCAAGCAACCUUUAGCUUAAAGGUGUCUGAAUAUCUGGAAAAAAUGACGAACGGAUUUAGCAGUGUACUGACAAUUAUAGUUAGCGCAGCAAAUGGCUUUUCCUACGGUGCUGGGGAUAUAGUCAGGGGCACCCAACAACGUAUGGUUUCCUCUUAAAAACAUUGAAAACACUUUUUAGGCUAUCCAGAGUACUUUAAGAUAUCUAGAAAUGCAUUCUCAGCGGCGCUAUAAAAAUAUUUUAUUAAUUUUAUUUGUUGUUUUCCAGCUUGUUGUGGUUCCUGUAACAGAUGCUGUUGUAUCUGCCUGUCGCGUGUUCCCUGUGCCUCACUGAUUGCCUCAUUUAUCUUGGCGAUCGGUUUUACUGGCUUUGCUCUUGGCCUCAGCGAAGGUGUCAAAAACCUUAACAUAUUUCUCAAGAUGGAUAUAGUGUAAGUGCAAACCAUUAACAUCCCUUAUCCAUCCACUGAAUCGGAGUUGGAAAACAUGCUUUAGAAUCAAACUAGCGACCUUUAUGACGGUUUUUAACGUUACAAGUAAAGGUAAAAGUCUUAAAUUUAACGUCGAUAAUUCGUAACGGUACUCAUUAGACUGACAGAUCUGAGCCAACUGUGCACGCAUUUACCCUCUCCCCCCACCUCUCAUCCAUCAGUGCUCCGUUUUACAGGUAUUUAAAGCUACUUAAAGUUAGACGGGAAAGGAAAGAAGUUGAAACAAAGAUUUGAGGUCUUACCUGGGAAUCGAACUGGAUCGGAACAGCAUGCUCCAGAAAAACCGUUUCAGAAAAUAACUGAAUAACUUCGUAAAGCCCUUGCUUAAACAGAAAUUCAACUUAACCUCGUACACCUGCACUUCUCCCUUUAGUUUCAUCAUCUGUUUGUUUUUACCGCACAUUUAUGCUUAGAAAACCUGGAUAAGUUUCAACCUGCCUCUUGGAGUUUUACCUAAGGAUGAAAUACUGAAACGAAGGCCUUAUCAUUGAUAUUUACAGUGACCUGGCCUCAUUAGGGAUCAUGUUGUUUGGCGUAUUUCUGGGGUCAGUCUCGGGACUUGCUCUCUUGCAUGGAUUUGCAGCUACAGGUCGCACUCGGUUCACAAUUUAUAGAGGAUGGAAAUGUCGUCUGCUCGGACGCUGGUGCAUCUGCUUUGUAAGUCUAUAUCUCUAUCAGAAAAUAAAUGCUAAGCAGAAUUUGGUUAAAAAGUAGCAAAUUUUGGAAAACAGUAUAUGAGGGAUAACUUCCUAGGCCUCAAAGUUCUUGCUGCGCGGUCAAAUGAAUUGACCGAGCAGGCCUGAAAGAUAGUCUUACAGAAGCGAGGCGAGGUUGGGCCGAAAAGAAUCUAGGGACAGCUCAGACGGAACCUCUAGCUAGCGAGGGCAGAAAAUUAUAGAAAAAAAGACAGGUGCGAUUUAAUAAAGUACUGUACUGAAAAAGUUCAAGACUGUCUUUAAUUAAUUCCAAAUGGAAAUCUCCUUCGCGUCAAAUAAUCUUUGUAUACACGUGACAGCAAUAAAAAAGCUGACUCAUCAUUUUUCCUUUAUUUUUUUCUGUAGCUGUUUGGAUGGCAUUAUUUUAUGCUCUUUCUGUGGUUGUUCCUCGCUCCGCUGAUGCUUAUUCCUCUUAUAUUCAUGGGAAUCUUUUUUGGAGUGUGUCAGGUGAAAGUCGUCAAACAACUCGGAAAGACCUGCAUUAGAUUUGAAGAAUAUGGUAAGUACAAAUGACGGUAAUGGGUGGAGUGAUUAAACCUGGAGUGACCAGUGGAUUAGCUUGGAACGGGGGGAGGGGGUGGGGGUAGGUCAGGAGGGGUCACACGGGUCGAAAACCAAGCUGUGUGCUGUGUUUUUCUAAAAGUGACAUUUUUCGGAUGCGCAGUGAGCUUGAGGGAGGACAAAAGCCUGCAAAACGCUGCAUAGAUAAAUGGAUCAUGCGUCAAGAAAACCGAAUACUCUAUCGAUCUCCUCAUACAAGUACCGCUAAAAAUAAUUUGAUGCGAGGAAUUGUUCAACAAAGUGAGCUUUGAAACGAAAGUUUUGGAGAAAAAUUUGGAUAUAGGACGGCCGAAAUUGCACGGUUGCAUACCAAGGAACUGUUUCACAGAGAACGAUAUAGAGACCUUCUCGCGAGCCGGCGCUAAAACCGCCGGCUUGAAACAUCGUGUCGAUGCCGGUCGUAAAUUGUUACACAAAGAUCUUCCAAAGGUUAUUUUUAACACGUUUUGAUUUGUUUGGUGCGAUUUGAUGUGUAGGUAUUGGAGAUCUUGUCAGUCCAGAAGAAGUUUGUGGCGAUGACUUGCUGUUAUUCUGCGAAGCGGUAAGGUUUAAAUCUCUGAUUGGCCUGCAAACUAGACGGCUUAGAGUAAUCAGAAAGUAUUCUUUAACACUGGUACACUAGUGCUUUAGGUACAGGGGACCACAGCCCCUCAGGCGAGUCUCACCUGUAUAUCAGCUAAGCCUUCUUGGUAAUAGACACCUGUUCAUGGCCGCGACAUCAGACGCUCCGGUUGGUGCGGCUUGUUUCGGGGUACCCUGCAAACAGAAGCCCUUCUAUUUUUUUAGAUAUCUAAGACGAUCGAAGGGCCUCUGCUCGCAGGGUAGUUUCGGGAGUGUCUACGGAGCGUAGAUAACUGGCCUGGUGUUUGGUCUCAGGUCAAUGAUUCCCAGAAAAGCGAAGAAACUUUCUCACACGACGAGUUGCAGUAUUUAAAAAAUUUCCUAGAAAUUUCUCCUAUGAGCGUUCUGUUUACAUCCAGUCUGAUUACUAUUUUUUUUAAAAUGUUUGUUUAUUUCUCAGAUAACUGGAGCCACUCCGUAUUUCGCUGCUGUUUUUGUUGGCGGGCUUUUCAUUGUCGUGGGCGUGGUAAGUGGCAAUGCGUCUAGUUAGUACUUAAAUAAAUAUUCCUAAAACUCCUCUUUCGCAUUCGUCGAUGAUAGCUGCAAAUUAAUGGACAUCCUUAACUUUUACAGUUGAAAUAAUUACCAAAAUACUUUUCACUCUAAGGGAGCACCCUGAAUACCAAAAAAAUUAAGUAAAUAAUCGGUAUGUAACCUGCAGUAUAUUAGGUAGGUAGAAGGGGUAAAUGGGAACUCUUCCCAGUUUCCUUUCGUGUCCAAUUUUAUUUCCCCUCUAAAGCUGAGGCUGUACUGCAUGAAUGGCAAGAAAUCAAAAUGUUCUAAACUUUUUCCAGUGCAAUUCCAAUUUUAAAGGUCAUCGAAUGGACACGAAUCCUCUUCCAAUUUGUUUGAGUUUUGAUUUUUUUUCUCAUAGUUCCACAUGCUGUUCGUACUAACAGCAAACUACGCCCAUGUUCAUGACCAAAGAAGAGUCGAAAAGGCCUCAGAAUGUUCCACUUGUCGGACAUGCUGCACGGUAAAGGACCCAGACCGUUACGAGGACUGCUUCCCUGAGCCCCCAGUAGAAGAGGUCCAACUUGCUUUGCAAGAGAAAUUGAAGAUAGAUGCGGGGGACCCUGAAGGAGGUGCCCACCCACAUAACCAUCCCAAGUGGAACUAUGUAUACGACUUCGAAAAGGCGCCGCUAAUGUCCGGCAAAAAGUACUAAUCGAUUCCGGUUUUUUUUAAAGAAAUUGACACCGUUCAAAUUUGUUCCCUUUCCUCAAGAACAAAGGGACACCUCGUCUCAUUCAGGAUGGUGUGUUUGAUACCCUAAAAUGGUUAGAUGAUUAACAAAGAUAAACAACUCGCAACACAAAAAUAACCUUUUAAAGCAGCUUUGCAAAAUAAUAAACUGAACAUGAGAAAAACUGGGACCGGAAAAAAUUAUAUACUUGUGUAAUGUGCUCAGCCAUAGUUUUGGAACAAUGGUUCUUAACUUGACAGUUCGCGUAACAAUCAGGACAGAACACAUGCAAAGAAAACCGCUGUUUGAGGAAUCGUUCACACGAACAAGCUAAGGCUUCACGUAUGAACAUUUCAUUUUGCCUCAUCGUAUUAAACAAAAAAUGCAGGGUGCGUUUCUACCACGUGUGUGACAUACAAUUCGGGCAAAUAUUGUCAUGUACACCAGCAAAUUGUCAAGUGAUAGUCUUAUCUUAGAUUCCCCAAAGUGACGCACCC